AUGCGCAUAAAUGCAAGCAAAUCUGCCAGUAUGAUGAUGAUGAAGGACGGUAAGAGAAAGCACCGGGUUCUGACUCAGGAUCACUUUGAAGUGGAUGGGUCUCCCUUGAAAUCGAUGAGUCCAGUUGAUGAGGCCAAAUAUAUGGGUCCAGGAUUUACCUGGAAAGGCCGGAAAGCUGUAAGACAUACUGGAAAGCUAAACGAGAUGCUGGGUGAUCUCACUAAAGCACCACUCAAACCGCAUCAGCGGCUUGAAUUACUGAGAGUGUUUGCAAUUCCAAAGCUUGUCCACGACUUGACGCUGGGCGUCGCUCAUCGCAACACUCUGAAGUACUUAGAUCGCAUGAUCAGGGAGACGCAGAGAGCGCGUAUCGGGCGAUCGGCUCGCACCGAGAACCCUUUGACUGCAAUAGUCACUGGGACCAAGUCUUUCGGCCCCAAUGUACGUACUGCCAAUAUCCCGAUCAGCGUUGGUCAAUCAACCGUGGUAUCUGUUGAAGAAGCUAAACAAGCAUGA